AUGGCGGAGCCGCCCAUCGUGCCCGUGUACUGCACCGGCGUCUCGGCACAGGUCCAGCGGCAGCGGGCCAAGGCGCUGGGAUUGGGGCAGCACGAGAACGCUGUGCGCUACCUGGGGCAGGACUAUGGGCGCCUCUUCCCGCCGGCACCCGGUUCCCUCGGCUUCCGCGAGCUCGGCCCCGGCACUGCCAAAACCCGCGGUGUCCAGUGGAAGAGGCCGACGGAGCUGUGUCCGCGCCCACAGUUCAUCGUGGAUGGAGCCACCCGCACUGACAUCUGCCAGGGAGCGCUAGGGGACUGUUGGCUGCUGGCGGCCAUCGCAUCCCUCACGCUCAAUGAGACGCUCCUGCACCGCGUGGUGCCGCACGGGCAGAGCUUCCAGCAUGGAUACGCCGGGAUCUUCCACUUCCAGAUCUGGCAGUUUGGCGAGUGGCUGGACGUGGUGGUGGAUGACUACCUGCCCACCAAGGACGGGAAGCUCCUCUUCGUGCACUCAGCCGAGGGCAGCGAGUUCUGGAGCGCGCUGCUGGAGAAAGCCUACGCCAAGGUGAACGGCUGCUACGAGGCGCUCUCAGGCGGCAGCACCUCGGAGGGCUUCGAGGACUUCACCGGCGGCGUGACGGAGUGGUACGACCUCCGCAAGCCCCCGGCCGAUCUCUACCGGAUCAUCCUCAAGGCGCUGGAGCGCGGCUCCCUGCUCGGCUGCUCCAUCGACAUAACAAGCGCCUUCGACAUGGAGGCGGUGACGUUCAAGAAGCUGGUGAAGGGACACGCGUACUCGGUGACGGGAGCCAAGCAGAUCAACUACCGCGGGCAAUCCCUGGGCCUGAUCCGUAUGCGCAAUCCCUGGGGAGAAGUGGAGUGGACGGGACCGUGGAGCGAGGUGAGGACCCAGAGGGGGCCGACGCUGCGGCAGCAGCUGAUGGUCAGGAUGGAGGACGGGGAGUUCUGGAUGUCCUUCCGGGAUUUCUUGCGGGAAUUCACCCGCCUGGAGAUCUGUAACCUCACCCCGGACGCUCUCCAAUCCCGCAAAUUCCGCAAGUGGAACACACGGCUCUAUGAUGGGACGUGGCGCCGCGGCAGCACGGCCGGUGGCUGUAGGAACUACCCUGCCACUUUCUGGAUAAACCCACAGUUCAAGAUCCAGCUGGAAGAAGUGGACGACACUGGGGAUGAGGAGGGUGGGCGCGAGCCCGGCUGCAGCUUCCUCCUGGCACUGAUGCAGAAGAACCGGCGCCGCGAGCGCUGCUAUGGCAAAGACAUGGAGACCAUCGGAUUCGCUGUCUAUGAGGUUCCUCCCGAGCACGUGGGGAAGUCGGGUGUGCACCUCAAGCGGGAUUUCUUCCUGGCCAACGCCUCGCGCGCCCGCUCGGAGCAGUUCAUCAACCUGCGGGAGGUGAGCACACGGUUCCGGCUCCCACCCGGCGAGUACAUCGUGGUGCCCUCCACCUUCGAGCCCAACAAGGAAGGAGACUUCGUCCUCCGCGUCUUCUCCGAGAAGAAAGCCGGCACCGAGGAAAUGGACGACAAGAUCCAAGCGACGCUCCCAGAUGAGAAAGUGCUCUCCGAAAGCGAAAUCGAUGACAACUUCAAGGCGCUCUUCAAGCAGUUGGCCGGGCCGGACAUGGAGAUCAGCGUCACGGAGCUUCAGACCAUCCUCAACCGCAUCAUUGGCAAACAUAAGGAUCUCCGGACCAAAGGCUUCAGCACCGAGUCCUGCCGCAGCAUGGUCAACCUCAUGGAUAAAGACGGCAGCGGGAAGCUGGGACUGGUGGAGUUCAACGUGUUGUGGAACCGGAUCCGUAACUACCUGACCAUCUUCCGCAAGUUUGACCUGGAUAAAUCCGGGAGCAUGAGCAGCUAUGAGAUGCGGAUGGCACUGGAAGCAGCGGGGUAUAAAUUGAGCAAGAAGCUCCAUGAGUUGAUCAUCACCCGCUACGCAGAGCCCGACCUCGCCAUCGACUUCGACAACUUCGUCUGCUGCCUUGUGCGCCUGGAGACCAUGUUCCGGUUCUUCCAAGCGAUGGACGUGGACCAGGAUGGUGUCGUCACCUUUGACUUGCUGCAG